UUGGCAAUUACCACGAAAUCUCUCUAUCAAACUUCCAACUUUUGCCCUUCAUUCAGUUUGUUCUUUUUCUCACAAAGUGAAACAUCCAAAUGUUUCCACAAACGCCAACUAUCUCACUUUUCAUUGUCCUCGCUUCAUUGGUCUUAUGUAAUGGCUAUUACAUACAGGAACCAUUUUAUAAAACAAAUGUUAAACACUACCUUGUGCAUGAUGGGAGAUUGAUCAAGACAAAACAUGAACAUUUUGGACUUUUAACAAGGGCUAAUAGAGCUAUCCAUCUUUCUUCUUCUAGGCCUCGUGGAACAGUUAGUGUUGAUGACUUUGGAGCCAAAGCAGAUGGAAGAGAUGACAGCGAGGCAUUUGGGAAGGCAUGGAAUGAAGCAUGUUCUAGAGGGGCUAUCCUCGUGGUACCUGAAAAUAAGAUCUAUCGUCUUAAGCCAAUAACAUUUUCUGGUCCAUGUCGACCCAACACUGCCUUUAUGCUCUAUGGAACAAUCGAGGCAUGGACUCAAAUGUCGGCAUACCAAGAAGAUAGACAACACUGGAUUGUGUUUGAUAGAGUUUCAAAUUUCAGAGUUGGUGGUGGUGGCACAUUCAAUGGCAAAGGGAAAAAGUGGUGGCAAAGCUCCUGCAAAGUCAACACUAACCAUCAAUGCAACGACGGACCAAGACCAAAAGCCGUGACUUUCUAUCAAUGCAACAACUUGAAAGUGACAAACCUGAGGUUUAAAGAUGCACCUCAAAUGCAUGUAACCUUUGAAGGAUGCUUCAAUGUUAUUGUUUCGAAUCUCGUCAUCAGAGCACCAGGUGACAGCCCCAACACUGAUGGAAUUCAUGUCGCAGACACACAAAAUAUUGUCAUAAGCAACACUGAUAUUGGGACAGGUGAUGAUUGUAUUUCAAUAAUAAGCGGGUCCCAAAACGUACGAGCCACAGAUAUUACCUGCGGACCUGGACAUGGAAUAAGCAUUGGAAGCUUGGGAGCUGAUAACUCAGAAGCUGAAGUCUCUAAUGUGGUAGUGAACAGAGCAACCUUAAUAGGAACGGCUAAUGGAGUGAGAAUUAAGACUUGGCAGGGAGGUUCUGGCUAUGCAAGGAACAUCAAAUUUUUGAACAUAGCGAUGCAAAAUGUGACAAAUCCCAUAAUCGUAGAUCAAUACUACUGUGAUCAAGCGAAGCCAUGCCAGGAGCAGGACUCAGCUGUGCAAUUAAGCAAUGUGUUGUACCAAAACAUAAGAGGAACAAGUGCCUCAGAAGUGGCUAUCAAAUUUGACUGCAGCCGAGCCGUCCCUUGCAGACAAAUUUACGUGCAGGAUGUGAUUUUAGAACCCCAAGGCCACGGUGGCACCAUUGCUACAUGUGAAAAUGUUAGAUAUGUCAACAGAGGAAAUUUUUUUCCUCAAUGCACUCCAUGAAAACACAAAUUGAAAAAGCUAGUACGUGGUUCAAUAAUUUCAAUUGUGGGUAUAUAGGUUGGUAUAAUUGACGACUAGCUCAGCUGACUUUUUUGGCAGCUGCUAUUUGUAACGAUAGUUUUGCGAUGAAUAGAGGGGAAACGAGUCAAAAGGAUAAAGAAUGUAACAAUAUAAUAAAGAUGAAAGCGAUGUCUAAUGUUAUAGUCAUAUAUCAACUACUACCAGUUAUUUUUA